AUGGUGGAUUAUUUGUCUUUAAAAUAUGAAAGUCGACAUAGCGUUGCCUGCAGUUUUACUUCUUCUCACCAUUCCACAAUAGGACCAUCGCUGUGGACGUGUGCUUGGUUCAUUUUCGACGGAAUUAUGACUCUGCCGAAUACCAGGAGGUCUUUUGUAACAUAUCUGGUGCUGCUGUUGUUGGAUUGUUACUGGGAGUCGGCGUCUGGGCAGCUCUCAUACUCCGUCUCAGAGGAGGUAAACCCGGGAACUAAUGUCGGAAAUAUCGCCAAGGAUCUAAACCUCAACGUGCAGGAUUUGGAGACGCGUUCGUUUCAAAUUGUUACCGGAUCCAAGAGGAAAUAUUUCGAGGUAAAUCUAAAGACCGGAUUUCUUCACGUCAUUGAGAGAAUAGACCGAGAAGAGCUUUGCACGGAUGAACCUAAAUGCACCGUUAGCGUAGAGGCUGUGAUUAACAACCCAUUAAAGCUUUACCGCGUCGAGGUAGAAAUCAAAGAUGUGAAUGACCACGCUCCGACAUUUAACACACAAUCCCAGAUACUGGACAUUGCAGAGAACACGGUGCCUGGGUUCAGAUUCGCGUUAUCGGAGGCAAGCGAUGCUGAUGUAGGUAAACAUGGCGUUAGUGCGUAUAAGCUCAGUCCGAAUGAAUACUUCAGUCUUGCGACGCACAAAAGAGGGGAGAGUAUAUCUCCAGAGUUAGUGCUGCAGAAAGCUCUAGACCGGGAGAAAAAGCCACAUCUACAGCUCCUGUUAACAGCGUUAGACGGGGGCUCGCCACCGAAUUCAGGCAAAUCAGAAAUUGAAAUAAAUGUACUUGAUAUUAAUGAUAAUGCACCGUUGUUCAGCAAUAGUCUUUAUAAAAUCCAAAUUUUUGAAAAUAUUCCCAUCGGUACGGCAGUCUUCACCUUAAAUGCGACCGACGCGGAUGAAGGCCCAAACAGUGAAAUAGUAUAUUCUCUUCGUAGCAAGGACCAGGAUCAUAUUCUGGACGUUUUCAAAAUUGACCCUGACACGGGGAUCAUUUCAGUGAAAGGAAAAAUCGACUAUGAGGAAAGAAGAGCGUUUGAGAUCCGGGCAGAGGCGAGAGACAAAGGCCAUCCUCCGAUGACUGCUCAUAGUAAAGUGCUGGUGGAAGUGAUUGACGUAAAUGACAACGCUCCGGAAAUCACUGUGACGUCACUGCUCAAUACAGUGAACGAGGACGCUGGUGCAGGUACUGCUGUUGCACUCGUAUCAGUUGUAGAUAGAGACAGUGGCAAAAACGGUGAAGUAAAGUGUGAGAUCUUGAACACCGUCCCAUUCAAGUUAGAGACAAAUUACAAAAACUAUUUUUCUUUGGUGGUUGACGGGCGCCUCGACAGAGAGGUCACUCCACAGUACAAUAUAACUAUAUCAGCUACAGAUGAAGGGAGUCCUCCUCUGUCCAAUGUCAGCGUCAUUACUGUUCACAUUUCUGAUGUUAAUGACAAUAUGCCUUAUUUCCAAGAACCGGUGAUAAAAGUUUAUGUGAAAGAAAACAGCAAAGUAGGAACAGUAAUUAAAACAGUGACUGCAAUAGAUGCAGACACCAGCAGCAAUGGUCAGGUGAGCUACUCGAUUUUAAACAGUGAAAGUACAUCUCUUUCAAACCCCACAUUGGUGAACAUCAACUCGGAGACAGGAGACAUAAUCAGUCUGCAAUCGUUUAACUACGAGGAGUUGAAAACGUUUCAGUUUAAAGUUCAGGCCACAGACUCUGGUGUUCCUCCGCUCAGCAGCAACGUGACUGUGAACGUUUUUGUCCUGGAUGAGAAUGACAACAGUCCUGCGGUCCUUUCUCCAUACUCUGAGCAUGGGUCUGUAAACAGUGAGAGCAUCCCCUAUUCUGCUGAAGCGGGAUACUUUGUCGCAAAGAUCAGGGCUGUAGAUGCAGACUCUGGAUACAACGCGCUGCUUUCGUAUCACCUCUCUGAACCCAAAGGAAACAACCUCUUCCGGAUCGGAACCAGCACCGGGGAAAUCAGGACUAAGAGGAGAAUGAGUGACAAUGACUUGAAAACUCACCCCUUGGUGGUGCUGGUUUCUGAUAACGGAGAACCCUCCCUUUCAGCUACUGUGUCUAUAGAUGUGGUGGUGGUUGAGAACACAGCUGACAUCCAGACUCAGUUCAGACAUGUGCCCACAAAGGACGAUGGCUUCUCUGAUUUAAACCUGUAUCUGCUGAUCGGCAUCGCGUCGGUGUCAGUCAUCUUUCUGCUGAGCCUCAUCACCUUAAUAGCAGUCAAAUGCCACAGGAGAGACAGCAGCUUCAGCAGGUACAGCGCCCCAAUGAUCACCACCCACCCUGACGGGAGCUGGUCUUACUCGAACGCUACUCAGCAGUAUGACGUCUGCUUCAGUUCAGACACGCUCAAGAGUGAUGUAGUGGUUUUCCCUGCAUCGUUUCCACCUGCAGAUGCGGAACUGAUCAGUAUUAAUGAGGGAGAAACGUAUAGCAGGACUCAGACUUUACCGAACAAAGACAAGGUGAGUUGUAACAGAUUUCACAGCUUUGUAUAA